AUGGAUCUCCUUAUACAAGUUAAAAACAAUUGUAUUUAGGAUAAGGAUUUAUGUAACCAUAAGUAAUAAAUAAAGUUAUUUAAGCAAUUCCAAACAAAAGUAGUUGUCCCAUCAAUUAACAUUCAACUUAAAAAUCACGUAACAUUGAAUGUUGUAAAAAGUGGAAGUCUAACUCAAAGGGAAGACAAAGUCAAAUAAAGUGAUUUAACAUAACCUUAAAAAAAAUAACUACCAAUAACCAAGUUUAAUAAUGCUGUUAAUAACAAUUAUGUGUCUAGUUAUUAUUAAAACUACUUAUCAAAUGCAUCAAGGCUUAAUUCUAAAACUUAGAACUCUAAAGAAUUACAGCAAAAAGAAGAAUAAAGGAAAAAUACCUUUGAAGAGAGACAUAGUGUUAAGCCAUCCAAACCGAAAUCAACUGAGCAAUAAAACAAAAAUCCUAAAUUAUCAACUGAACCGUCUUAAAAUCAUAAGAGUAUGUCAUCUUAAAAUAUUAUGAAUUUGUUGAAUAAAAUUUAACAACCUAAAGAUGAUCAAAAUAGAGCCAAAAGCCCCAUUACUUCAUCUGUUGACUUUAACUUUAAAUAAUUACUGUAAUAAUACUAAAAAACCCUUUCAAAUGGGUAAACUAGAGCCAAAAGCAAUGACUAGGCAAAAGAAGUAAAUCAAAUUUCUGGAUUUAUCACUGAACGACCUUUAUCUUCAGGCGCUUAUAUUAUAAUACAUUUGUAUGAUUCAAAUAAUAAGAUGACUGAACUAAGAUUUGAUUGUGCUUAUGGAACCACUGACAAUUUGGUAAAUUUUCUUAUGACGCAAUGCAUUGACAAUAAAAACAUAAUUGGAUUUCAAACAACUGAUUAAAAUAUAGCUUUAGAUCAUUAUUUAAGUUUAGUUGGAAAAGAUUUAUAAUUUUUAAAUAGAAAAACUAUAAAAUUAUAACCGUUGCAUUGCACCUGCGAUUCUAAUAAGUUAAGUUUAAAAUCAUUUUAAUUUUUACAAUGUAUUGGAAUGGGAGGAUUUUCCAGAGUGUAUUUAGUUAGAUCAAAAAGUAAUGGCAGAUUUCUUGCUUUGAAAUUAAUUUCAAAAUAAUUCAUUAUUGAAAAUUAAAAAUAAACUAUUGUUUAAAAUGAAAGAGAUGUUAUGGUGUAAUUAAAUUUAAGUGAUUAACAUUUAUCAAAACAAUUCAUCUGUUAAUUGGAGUGUGCUUUUGAAUCUAGAAACUGGGUGUGCUUUGGGAUGGAAUAUUGUCCAGGAGGAGAAUUAUUUAAUUAAUUAAGAAAAGUGAAGAGAAUGACAGAAGAAUAAGCUAAACUCUAUUUUAUUGAAGUAUGUAUUGCUAUUGGAUUUAUACAUUGCCAAAAUAUAUUGUAUAGAGACUUGAAACCAGAAAACAUCCUAAUAGAUAGUGAAGGACAUUUGAAAGUGGCAGAUUUUGGUCUAGCAAGACCAAAUAUGGCAUCUGAUGAUGAAGCAUACUCUUUCUGUGGUUCACCUGAGUACAUGGCACCAGAAAUGCUAUAACAAUAAGGACACACUUACGCAGUCGAUUAUUACUGUUUAGGAGCAUUGUUUUAUGAGCUUAUUACAGGAUUACCUCCCUAUUAUUCAAGAGAUACAAAUUAAAUAUUUAAAAGCAUUUUAAGUGACCCACUUUCAUUUCCUCCUAAUAUUGGUAGUCCAGAAGCAAGAGACUUAAUCAGACGAUUAUUGACAAAAAAUCCUGAGCAAAGAUUAGGUAUAAGAGGAGAUGCUGAUGCAAUAUUAUAGCAUCCACUAUUUGCAUCUAUAGAUUUAAGGGAUGUAAUAAGAAGAAAAAUUGAUCCACCUUUCAAGCCUAAUUUAACAUCCUUCAAUUUUGAUCCAAGCGAAUUUAAAAAGGGAGAGGUUUCAUUUAAGUUAGAAUUAUAAAAAUCUUUAUAAAGCGAUGAUGAAAAUAAAUUUACACCAAUGUUUGAAAACUUUUAUUUCAUAAGUGAAACUUUGAAAUUGAAAAGACUUAGAAUACCAAGCAGACCGACCACAUAAUCAUAAGAUUUCAAUAUGAAUGAUAGAAAUUAUAAUUCAAAUAACUCUCAAGGCAGAAGGGGAAAUUCUGCAAUAGCUGAUUAGUUAGAAAAGGGAAUCGCCUAUAAAUAAAAAAUAGAAGAAAUGUAAAGGAGAGUUUAAAUGUAAAACAGUUUAAAUAGUGGAUCAAUAAGAUAAUACAUGGAUCCGUUCAAUAGUGUAGAUAAACUUAAAAUGAAUAAAAAAGCAAAAUAAUGA